GAGGAAGAGAGGGAAGACGCGCCAGAGUUGGUGGGCUGUUCCACCGCUCCUCGUCGUGGCUGAAGCUGUCGCCGCCGUAGCUGCAUUCGCACCGUCAUGUGUAGCCGUUAGAGGAAGAGAAGAGAGAACCAGAGCCAUGCAUGGGAGGAGUAGAGCGCGCGCAGGGGAGAAGCCACCGCUGCCGUCGCAUCUUGCCGCCGCUGCCGCUGCUGAGGUCUCCAUUGUCGUCCUCACCGCAAGCCAGAGUCACCGCCAUCCAUGGUUGAGCAGAGGAGAGAUUCCGCAGAGAGAGAGAGAGAGAGGUUGUUCGCGUUUUGUCGCCGCUGUUGGAAGGAUGGCCGCCCUCGCCGAUCUACCCACCGCCGUUUAUGCUUGCUGCUGCAUCACCGGAGCUCCACGCCGUCACUGCUGCCACCAGAAACCACCACUGAAGCCUACGUCUGCUUGGUUAUACAGUCACCGCGAGUUUCUCUGUUGUACGCUGCCGUCGGAGCCACCAUCCCGCUGCUGCCGCCUUUGCUUUGAGCCGUUGUUACAGCGAGUGUUGUUGUCGUUGCGGCUACUCGGUUUAGUCGUUCCUCUUUAGUACGGUAAGCUAUUCCUUGUUUCAGUUUCGAACUCUUUUAGU